GAUAGCUUAGAAGCUGAACCCAUUCGUUGCCUCGAUCCUCUUCGUGUCGACUCGCGGGACAGUGUGACGUUUCAAGGUCCUGCAUUCUCAACCAAACAACAUACGCUCAACCAGUCUGGAAACUCGUCUCCAUUAUCUGCGAGUAGCUGCGUUGGCGGAAUAUCUGCGAUAGCAAUUGCUCGGCCCUGGUGCUGCCCCACGCUGCCAGUCAGGUACUUCACCCCGGUGGUGAACGAAAUACCCAACUCAGAGGCUUGACGAAACUAUCAACAGCCCGACCUUCAAUAUGAACCCCCACCAGCAGAACAAGGUGGAUGUCAACUCCUUGAGCCCGGAUGAACAACGACUCUUGAAGCUUUAUGGCAAGGUCCCGACCAAGAAGGAUCUGCUUCAGAACAAGCUCAAGGAACGGAAAUACUUCGAUUCGGGUGACUAUGCUCUUAGCAAGGCUGGCAAAGCGUCAGAUGUCGGAGUAACCAACGUCGGUUCGCGUCAUCCUCUUCCUGAGAACAUCCCUCACCUCACGGCCACUUCACCUGGUGCGAACAAUCCGGCUCCCCCUAAUGGAGGCAGUGUCGGUUCUCAAGGACAGCCGAUUCCUGGAAGUAUCAGCGGCCACCCUGGCUCCAUUGGAUUCCAGAGCAGGAGCCCAAUCAAGGAAGGUAGCUUUCUUCAUCGUGGAAGCAGCCUCGAUGAGUCGGAAGCAGCUGAUGAGACCGGCAAAGACAAGGAAAAGGAACUGAGCGUUAGCCCGCCUCCAGCGAGAGAGGGAGUUCCGAUCCGGCGAUAAGUAGCCAGCCU